AUGAGUCCAAUCCCGCCCCAACCCACCAACCUCUCCGCCUUCCUCGACAGCCCCAACCAGCCCCUCCGCAUCGCCCCAAGCCCCCUCCCAACGCCAGGAGAAAACGACAUCAUAAUCCGCAACCACGCCGUCGCAAUCAACACAAUCGACCCAGCGCAAGCCGCCGGCUUCAACGUCAAGAAGUACCCCACCGUCCUCGGCCACGAUCUCGCGGGAGAGGUCUUCGCCGUCGGAUCGCAGGUGACCAGGUUCCGGAAGGGCGAUAGGGUCAUUGGCCAUGCGUGGCAGUUUUUGACGGGCGAGGCGGCGGAUGGGGCUUUUAGUUUGUAUUCGAGGGUGCCGGCGCGGAAUGCUGCGGUUUUGCCGGAGGGGAUCUCGUAUGCUGAUGGGGUUGUUUUGCCGCUUGCUCUUGAUACCGCGGCCGCGGGGUUCUAUCAGGAAACGCAUUUGAACUUGGAGUUACCGACGAUCGAUGCCAAGCCGGCGAGUCGGGGCGAGGUGGUCGUCGUCUAUGGCGGUUCCUCUUCAGUUGGUGCUGCAGCCAUCCAGCUUGCUUUCAAUGCAGGCUACCGUGCUCUCGCAACUUCCAGUCCUCGCAACUUCGACCUUUGCCGUAACUGCGGUGCCAGCGAAGUUUUCGACUACAAGUCAAGCACCAUUGCCGAAGACAUCGCUCGUGCAGUCGGCAGCGACAAGUUCGUCGGUCUAUACAAUGCAAUCGGGGUACCAGAGUCCUUCGACGUGGUCCUCCCCGUCAUGGAGAAGUUAGGAGGUGGAAUCGUCGCAAACACGAAACCGCCUGGCAAGUUGCCAGAAAAUGUCUCAGCACGAUUUGUGCUGGGCGUUGGCGAGUCCAGUUUCCCGCUGUGGGAGGGCUUCGUCACCGAGGGGUUGGCGUCUGGAAAGCUGAAGUGUCUGCCAAACGCUAAGGUCGUCGGGAAGGGCUUGGGGAGUUUGCAGGCGGCAUUCGAGACGCGCGAUGGGCCUGUGAGCGCAGAGAAGAUCGUGGUGGAGCUGUAA